CUUUACAAUUCGUUCAUUCGGCGACAACAUUUAUACAGGAAUACAAUAUGUCGUCUAAAGUUGGUAAUAAUAUUGCUAAGAAAGCAAAAGUUGAAACAGAACCAGAAGUUAUAAGUAAUGGACCAGACGCUCAAGCUCAAGAAGCGAUCGAGAAAAUCGAUGAAUUACAAACCGACAUCGACCGAUUGAAUGAACAAGCUAGCGAAGAAAUUCUUACAGUUGAACAAAAAUACGUCAAACUAAGGUGGCCGCACUUUGAGAAACGGUCGACUUUAAUCGAGAAGAUACCAAACUUCUGGGUGACGACAUUCAUCAACCACCCUCAGAUAUCUGCGCUACUAGAUGAGGAAGACGAAGACGUCUUACAUUUUCUCACCAAAGUCGAGGUUCACGAGUUCGAGGAUAUAAAGACAGGAUACAAGAUCAGCUUCCACUUCAAAGAGAACGAAUAUUUUGACAACAGUAUAAUAUCAAAGGAGUUUCACAUGAACGAGGACGGCGACCCAUCGUGUAAAUCAACUCCUAUAAGAUGGAAGGAGGGAAAGGAUCUCACCAAGAGGGAAACCCACAAUAAUUCCAAAGGCAAACGUAAACACGAGGAGCCCGAAAGUUUCUUUAGUUGGUUCAAUGAUCCCGGUGAUGCUGGGGCCGAUGAACUUGGUGAAGUUAUAAAGGAUGACAUCUGGCCCAAUCCACUACAGUAUUAUCUGGUACCCGAGGGUGAGAUGGAUGAGGAGGAUGAAGAGGAGGAUGAAGAGGAGGAGGAGGAGGAGGAUGAAGGAGCAUUGGAUGAUAUUGAUGAGGAGGGAGAGGAUCAAGAAUGAGGAAACAUCGGCCAAAGAUACUUUUAUAAUAUUUCUAUGAGUUUUGUUUCCGUUAAAUAAUGGUAACCUCGUUAAAUGUUUCAAAUGUCGGCCAUGUUGGAAAUAAAUGCAAAACUGCCAAUAAAGGCAACGUUUCAAUAAAGAGAACCUCAUGCUC